UAUUCGACCGUUUCCAGACUUUUGGUACAACCUGUAUAAUACAGUAAAUAUUCUAUGUGUAUUUAUUGUAUUAAUGUACUACUUCUGAGAGUGAAAAUCCGUCACCCCGAAUAUGUACACUCUGUUACGAAUAAUACUAAAAGGAUAAGUUUUCUAUAUUAUUCAAACUUCUUUUACUUAUAACUUUUUAAUAAACAACGAGCGACAGCUAAAACCUUCUGCGGAUUACUCAGGGGGGUGAUCUUUGUAAUAUAUGUCAAAGUGAAGUUCUUGUUUGGCGCGGAGAGCUGAAAAUUCAUGCGAAUCCAUUACACUUCUUUUGUUAAUAACUUUUUAAUAAACAACGAGCAGUGUUGUAAAAUGAAAAAAGGAUAGAAAACAGAUGCCGUGUAGCGUUCUCCCUUUACCAAAAGAAGAAUAAAAAGAAAGAAGAUACACGGCACCUACUUUCCGUCUCUUUCUACCCGAUCUUCAGGCUUCGCGCACUCGAUCUACGGUGGCCGACGAAGGUGUACGGCAAAUGAACUAUUAACUUAAAAUUUGUAUCAACCUAUGUAAUAAGAUUAAAUUUAUAUAACGAUUCAACCAAUUAGGACAAAAUUUGAAUUUAUUUCACUUUGUUCUAAUUAUAAACGAAUCGCAAUGUAAUUUCAAUCUCAGUGCAGUUUGAUACAGGCAAUAUUAAUACAAAUGUCUAUAUAAAAGCAACUAUUUCAAUAUCUUACACAUUUGCAGCAAUUAUGUUGGCUAAAUUAUCUGAAUGUUAUCCUAGAUUAUUUAGUAAAGAUAACACUUUUUUCAUCUAGGAUGCAGAUAAAGGUAAUAUAUAAUUUUUAUUUUCUAUAUAAAAGAAGAUAUGUAACGCCAAAACUUCAUCUAGAUGAUCAUUUAUAUUAUUUUAUCUAGAUAAGAACAAACAUUAAUAACGAGCAACGACUAAAACUUUUUACGGGUUACUCAGGAGGGUGACUUCUAUAUAAUAUAUCUCAAGGUCAAGGUCAUAGGAGAUGGGUCCCCUUUUGUCAAGGUUUACCAGGAUAUGAUUAGAAAAUCACCUUAUAGGAAAACGGUGAGAUUCACAGAACAUAUCAAAUAAAUAUUCAUAUUUAAAAACAUACAUUCUUAUCCGAAAUACAAGAUUUAUAGAUACAUACAUAUAUUGGGUUGUAACACACAGUCUGUUUGAUAAGAAAAUGUACGGCAGUCUAUACACAAGGAGAACGUGAUCAGUUUAAUUUAUAGAAAAAUUUGUUCUUAAACCUGAAAAUGCAUCCAUUCUAUUCCAUCCGAUUAAAACUAAAAUGCUUUCAUAUUAAUAAUGUGUGCAGUCACCACCGUUGUCAAUAAUUGCCUGACAUCCUCGAGGCUAUCACUUUCCACUAACUUGGCAGUGUAUUCUGGCGACAAAGAUCUCUAUAUCAGAUGACUAUGUAUUGUACGUAAUACUAAGUAAUUGCUUCGCCUUUAUACUUUUUUUCCACGAAGUUUGUGCUUUAUGUAUGCCUAAACGUUUUCAAUUCGAUUAGCACCGAGCGACUAUAAUUGCCACGGAACGCGGUUCCGAAUCGUAAUGCACAUGCGGCACUUAUGGCAAAAUUUAUCUUUCGAUCAUGAAGCUCGAACGACAAUUGAAGCUUUCUCUACAAACCAUCUUAGAGAAAGGGUUCCAUUAAAAUUUACCGGCUCCCAUUGAAAUUUCCCGUCUAAUGGCUUCCUUGUCAAAGUUUCACCAGACACUCUCUUAUCAAACAGAUUGUAUAUUCCACCCGCUUUUUUAGUAUUUCUAAUAAUGAAUAUAUGUUAUACUAUUAUACUUAAAUAUUAAAAUCAUUAUAAAACAUUACAACAAUUAAACAUUAAAAAACCGGGACGACUAUCUGUUGCAAUUCAAUAAAUACGUGUUUUUCAAAAAUUUGAGGAUGCAAUUCAACAUUCGUUUCAAACGUAAUAAGGUGUAGAUAUAAUGAUAUGUUAAAUAAUUACCAUCAUAUCAAAACUGACGUGUAUGUGACGUGAUCAACCAGGUAACGCUUCUUUUGAGAAACAUGUGCACGUUACGAAUGCGCGGACUAUAAUGAAGAACGCGAAGACGUACUGCAUGGAAAAAUCAAUUGCGCUUGCGCGGACUUUGGUCAAGACAUCAUGCAAUGACUUUUUUCUGUGAGAAAUACAUAUUCGUUGUACGUAUGGCGCCAAAUCGGUUAAACGCCCGCUUUUCUCUCCCGUGUAAAUUGUGAGCAAAUUAUUUCUAUAGCAGCUUAUAUUACAUCUUGAUAUUUCAUGUUACCUUCAUCGGUAUAUUUAUGUUAAAUUAAGGAAUUUUACCUUGAAAAAUACGCUAGAAGAAAAAUAUCAUAUAAUAUUCUUUAUUCGAAGACAGAAAUAGCUAAAAUCGCUUUAUCGCGAUAUAUCGCUGCCAAAUGCGUGUGGAAACCCGACCAAGAGUGAUCUAUGUGAGAUAUGGAUACUCAAUUUCUUUAUAUUCAUCGACUUUCUCUGGCCGCAAUUGGGUUAUGGCCUUACCAUCGAACAAUGCUUGUUCAACUUCAGUCUUGUGUAUUUUGUCUUAUUAUGAUUAGCUUCAUUAUAUUUCAGUUUACAACAUUUCUAACUACAGAAUGGACUAUUGAUCUUAUUGUUGAAAUUCUUUCUACAUCAUUCUGUGUUCUUUUGAGCGUAAUUCACUAUAAUUUUCUUUGGAUUAACUCACGUCUUGUGAAGCAUGUAUUGGAAAAUCUUCAGUACGUCUGCAGCGAGUUAAAGGAUGAAAACGAAAUUGCUAUAAUAAAAAGAUAUGGACACAUUGCAAAAUAUCUUGCAAUUGGAUUAAUAUUGUUGGGCAUGUGUUGUUUAAUCAUCUUUACUCUUGUGCCAAUUCUGCCACGGAUUUUCGACAUCUUUUUCCUCGUAAAUAAAUCCGAGCCAUAUCGCUAUAUAUAUAUGAAAACUGAAUAUUUUAUUGAUCAAGAAAAAUACUUUUAUUUUAUUUUGCUGCAUCUGUACGCAGUCCUGUACAUAGGAGGAGCUACAUUAGUAGUAGCAGGAAUAGUUUUGACAGGAUACUUUACAUAUUUUUGUGGAUUAUUUAACAUUGCCAGUUAUCGUAUCAAACAGGCAAUGCAGAUAAUAAAUAGUGACAAAAUAUGUAAUUGGAAGAACAAGAGGGAUAUCGACAAAAAGAUAAGUCAUGCAGUGGACAUUCAUCGCACAGGUCUUGAGAUUAUUGAAUUCUAUCUAUAUAACUGCGAGGGAGCAUAUUUUCUUAUAGUAACGAUUAUUGUAAUUUCUUUGAGCCUCAAUCUGUUUGGACUCUUUCAAGCCGCUUGUUUUGUACAUAGGAUGGAAGAUAUCGUAUUACACUGUAUUUUUGCGGUUGGCAUUUUAGGAUGUUCAUUAGCAGCCAACUACAUUGGUCAAACAGUUACAGAUCACUAUAAUUACAUAUUUUCAACAGCAUAUAACGUUCGAUGGUACAUUGCACCUGUACGCGUGCAAAGAUUAAUAUUGUUUCUUUUGCAAAGGGGCACUAAGUCUUAUACCAUAAAAUUAGGUGGCCUUUAUACACUAUCUUUAGAAAACUUUGCCACGCUAUCAACUGCAUCACUGUCGUAUUUUACUGUUAUAUAUUCUACACAAAAGUGAUAUUAAUCUUAAUCAGCUAAUAUUAUGUUAAAACCAACUAGUAAACUCGAAGAUGAGUUUCCAUUCUUAAUAGUUCUGUUCUGAAAUAACUAAGUGCUUGAAAUUGUUAGAAAAUGAAUAAAGAAACUGGUACAUCUCUA